AAUGAAAUAAAAAGAAAGGGAGAGAUAAGAGAGAUCUUGAAUCUCGCCGAAGUGGAAGCCGAUCGGCAAAGUAUCCGCUGGGCGGAGGUGGUGGAGGAGGAAGAGAAGGAGGAGGAGGAGGAGGAGGAGGAAGAAGAAGAGGAGAAAGAGAAAGAGAAGGAAGAAGAAAUUACGAGAGUAAUUCUGUCGGCUAAUCAAGAUCAGUCGAGCGUACGAGGUGGCGGCGGCGGCGGCGGUGGCGGUGGAGGCGGCGGCGGUGGCGGAGGAGGAGGAGGAGGAGGAGGAGGAGGUGGAGGAGGAGGUAGCGAGCAGACCGUCCCUCAGACGAGUCCUGCUAGCAGCACGAGUAGCUCGAGCCAGGUGAAUCAGGUGAGCCAGCAGGUGAGCCAACAAACUCACCAGCAGUCUCGCCAACAACAACAACAACAACAACAACAACAACAACAGGCAACGGCGACAACACCGAUACCAUUAACAACCACCGUAUCGUCAACCGCGUUACUGUUAUUGUCUACAAGAGCAUCACCGGCAUCGCCAAUAACGACAAUAAUAGCAGCGACCACGACAACGUCGGCGACGACAACGACAACGACAACGACAACAACAACAGCAGCACCAGCAACAGGAGCAACAACAGCGGCAGCGGCAGUAGCAGCAGCGGCAGCGGCGGCUGCGGCGGCAGCAGCAGCAGCAGCAGCAACUACGACGACGACUCCUCAAUCCACGCAGAUGGGAAUCUCAACGGAAGAGGUUAGGCCCGAGGAAGAGGGCAGCCACCCGAGGGCAGCUCCAACGAGCCCUGAAAGCGAGGCCGAGGUCGACGACUUUGCACCUAAGAGGAAGCAACGACGUUACAGGACGACCUUCACUAGCUUCCAGUUAGAAGAACUCGAGAAGGCAUUCUCGAGGACUCAUUAUCCUGACGUUUUCACCAGAGAAGAACUCGCUAUGAAGAUCGGCCUGACAGAAGCAAGGAUACAGGUUUGGUUUCAAAAUCGUCGAGCAAAAUGGCGAAAACAGGAAAAAGUUGGUCCACAAGCACAUCCGUAUAAUCCUUAUCUUGGAUCGGGAGCACCCCCGCCGUCCGCUGUCGUGGCACCAACAUUACCGAAUCCGUUUGCCCAUUUGGGUAGUUUUGCUCUUCGUAAACCAUUUGAUGCUUUUCGUUAUCCACCUUUGGGCCAUGGACCUGUCCUUCCUGGAGCAUAUACUACUCAUCCUUAUCAUCGAGCUCCACCUCCAUUGUUACCACCGGGCAUGCCAUUACCAUACACGUCUGCGGCAUCGUUUCAAAGUCUAUUGGCAAAUAUAUCUGCCGCACAAAGACCUAAACUCGUUCGGGGUUCUACACCACCACCACCGGCACCACCACCACCUCAACCAGCACCACCGAUAACUAUGUCUCAUCCAUCGGUGGUUCCUCAAGCACCGCCUACAGCUAGCUCGCCACAAAGUUCACCGACUGGUAGCGUUGGUUUACCGGACAUCGACAGGAGAACCAACAGCAUUGCGUCUCUAAGAUUGAAAGCACGAGAAUACGAGCUCCAUCUUGAAAUGCUCAGGAAAAAUGGUGAUCUCAUUAGCUGAAGAUGGUGCCUUUACAAUAUUUACUUGUUCAACGACGACGAUGACGAUGAUGACAACGUGAAACGAUCGACGUGUGCCUCGAUAAUAAUAUUAAUCAAGGAGAAUCGAUGACGAUUAUAUUCACGAGUUAAAUAAUAAUAAUUUAGUGACAAUGACGACGCGAGGUAGGAACGAUAAAACAUCGAGAGUGUCUACCGUACCCGGUAGAGAAAAUAAAUAAAUAAAUAAAUGAAUAAAUAAAUAAAUAAAUAAAUAAAUAAAUAAAAUAAAUAAAUAUAUAUAUAAAAUGAAGAUGUUAAUGUCGUCCGACGAUACGAUAUAAUGAGGAGUUCUCUUUUGUACGAAUUUUUUGAUCGGUUAUAUAACAUUUUCCCCGAUAACAACGACUCAAACACCGUACGAUAUUUCUCAUCGAACGAUUUCGAUGAUUUUCGAUGUUCCUAAAAAAAAGUAACAUCUCUUGUAUUUACAUACGUCGUUUAAAUUAAAUCACAAGAAUUUUCAUUGGUUAAUACGUUGUUGCUUUAGACUUUGCAAAACUGCUCAGAAACUCGUUUGAUAUAUCAAAAGAGAUUCAUAUAUCAAAUCUCGUGAUGAGAAUCGUUCAUUCUUCUUUUAAAUGUAAUUUAAGAGUAUCUUUAUACCAUUGCCUGAGGAUUACCGAAUGUCGUUCGAAGAUAAUCAAGGAUGGUACAUUUUUUUUUUUUUAAUUUAAGCAAAAAAAUAUUUUAAGAAAAAAAUAUUUUUAAAGGAACAAAAAAGAGAAAAAAAGAUGAUUAGAGAAAAGAAAAAGUUCAAAGGAAAACUUUUCCAAUUUAUUAACGAAAUUUAACAAAGCCAAAAUACGACGUUAAAUACUUUCGAUUAAUCCGACGAAUAUUUCAAUCUUCAUCCAUAAUUGUCGAUUAGAAAUAUACGUGGUAAUUCUAAUUUUCUAAUUUUUCAUCGAGUUCUUUAUGAUUGAAUUUUUGCGCUCGUACAAUUUUCCAAUUAACGUUUCUUCUUUUUUAUUUCAUCGAAAUUUUAAAAAUUCAUCGGAACUCCAAUUAAUCAUGGAAUUUACAUCAGAAUUAUUUUCAACGACUUUUGCCUUAUCGUUCGAUUUAGUUUAUUCUGUUCUACGUUGACAACUCGUGGGAUCAAGAAAAAUUAUUCGUUUGCAUUCGUCCGAAGUCAUUACUUCAAACAUAAUGAAUUUUUAUUGAUUUUACGAAUUGUCGCUUGCUCUUUUUGCGUAGUUCAUGAUAUACUAAUUUGAACUUAAAUUAAUUAUGAUCGAUUCCAAUCGAAAGAUUACGACAUUCUCAUUGUGAAAAAAAAUGUGAUAUCGUUGUCAAUAGAAUUGUCAAGAAAAUCUUGACGAACCAAAUGCUUUCUCCCAAAGCGAUUCUCAACGCGAGGCUUCAUUGGAACAUUAAAGAUAUAAGAGAUAGAAUCUUCGUCGAUGUUUCGUAAUAACGAAAGAAAGACAAAAAAGAAAUAAUAAUAAACAAAAAAAAUUUUCUUUUUUAAUUA